AUGGAAGCCACGAAGUCACAGGGUGAAAGAGCGUUGAACUCGUCCUGGUCAGAGGCCAGCAUCCUAUGGGAAAGAUCUGCGGCAGCCGGCGAUAGAUUCAUCAUUCCAAAUCAGGGCCUUUGGUGCAUACAUACCACGGCGGUUCUGAAUUCGAUCGGCUGCUUAUCGGAUUCCUGUUGCGACUUCAAUGCAUCAAACUUGGGUGUCUCGGUUUUCGAAGGAUUUUAUGCAAAACACUUCCCUAUAUCCUUUCAGGCGCUGGCAAGCUAUUCUCGUGCCUUCCGCUGGAGUCGGGUCAUGGCUGCUACACGCCAUUUCGUAUCUUUGGCAGCACUGGGGCCGUUCUUGCUCUGGGGAGUUGGCACUAUCAAUGGAACGGUGCAGGCACUCAUUUCUGUAGUAUCUCUCGGCGAUACUGCCCUUCUGGUUGCCUUCUGCUACCUUGAUACGAGCAGGGAUACCAGUGUACUUCUCCUCAACGUAUACGCAGCUCUUCAACCAGCAUACUUCUGGUGCGAUAGAAAAAGACUAUGGGUGGUCAAAAUUCUUCCUGGCUGCAGAGGUGAGCUACCCUUAUCAAAUCUCACAUGUUUGCGCUCCAACUACGACAACGCCGGUCCUCUUGGGAGUCCUCGGGCAAGCCUUUGGGACUUCAAGUUCUCCGAGUUGGAAACAGCAACACAUGUGCUCGGGCUUUACCUCUUUGAAUACAUUUUCGAGGUUAUUAUGCCGACCAUUUUCAGAACCUUUAAAGCCUAUAUGGUUGUCACUAUGACCGGUACAGAAAAGUGCGGUACAGAAAUUGCGGUAUAG